CUUAUUGCCGUUCAUUGUCGCAUCGAUAAAAAGCUGAUAUUAAAAACAAUUAAACUUGUUCUUAAAUGCGAAUUGUGGCGCUUCACUUCUCCUGCGCAUCGAGCACACCGGCAUCGGAGCAGUGAUGGGUUUAAUUUAAAAUAGUGCCUGCUUAUGUUGGCUGUGGUCAGUAUCGUGCAGGACAUCGUCAGUUGUAAGUGCGUGAGGCGUCUUAACGGGAUUGUCGCUGAUACACAAGAACUUUAAAAAUUACUUAACUUCUAAAUAAUUGAAGCACGAAGUUAAACAAUUGUAUUUUCUUAUGUGUUGAAAAUGAAAUUUCUAUUUUUUUACGCGAUUUACUUCGCUGGUGUACUCGCCCUCGACGAAAACACGCCAACAGCAUUUCAAAACCAGUUGGGUUAUUGCGAACCAUUUACAGUGGAAUUUAUAGCGGGACUUGUUUCGAAAGAGGCACGUCAAAUACUCGAUCCAGGAUCACGUCCGCGACAAAAACAAUUGCGUUAUGAUUUAUUUACACGGCGGAAUCCACACAAACGACAAGUACUGUUAACUGGCGACCGAAACCGGCUGUUGGCCUCGAACUUUAACGCCAGUUGGCCGGUCAGAUUAUCAAUACAUGGUUGGAAUGGCCAAACUACGACUUGCUCGAAUGCCGCCAUUAAAGAUGCGUACCUCGCAAAGGGCGAUUACAACGUGAUUUUAGUUGACUGGUCGGAUUACUCGUUGGAUAUAAAUUAUUUUCGUGUUGUGGUGGAAAUUUCCGAAAUUGCACACAAGCUCAACGAAUUCACACGUUUCGUACACAACCAAACUGCCGUUCCCUACAAUGCCAUGUAUUUAAUUGGACACAGCGCUGGUUGUCACAUCGCCGGUAUGGCGGGCAAGUUAUUGCAACCCGAUAAAUACGGUGUCAUCUACGCGCUAGACUCUUCUGGGCCCGUACAUCGCACAUUGGACGCAAAAUCGCGACUCGCACCAACAGAUGCCGUUUAUGUGGAGUCCAUACAAACCGAUAUAGCGUUGUUCGGUUUUCCCGCUGACAACCUGGCACACGCCUCUUUCUAUCCCAAUUGGGGUUUGGGUCAACCACAUUGUCCCAAUGUGACCACAAUGGAGCCAGACUUCACUUGUGAUCAUUUUGGCGCUUUAUACUAUUUCGUGGAGUCUUUGCAGAAUCCGUCGGCUUUUGGCGCAAUUAAAUGUAAGAAUUAUGAUAGCAUUGAAAACUCAAAAUGCGGCUGCGGUGCACGCUGGUGCCAGGCGACUGCAUUCAUGGGUGGCGAUCCGGCUGUGCCGAAGAAGGGCGUCUUCUACCUCAGCACACGUGCGACAAUGCCCUUCGGCUACGGUGCGAUGUGCCGAAUGAAACGGCCCAUUAGACCAACUAUAGCGCGUAUUUCAUAAGAAUUAGGGAAGUUUGUUAGUGUUUAUCACAUUUAUUUGCUCUUAAUUUUCGCUAUGGUUGGUCAUUUACAAUAUUUAUUUAAUGUAUUAAUAUACAAUUUUUGGUUUUCGAUUCACUUGAGUUGCAAAAAAUCACAAAAUAUAUACACAUGUUAUUGUUAAAAACAUUUUUUAAUACAUUCACUUUUGUAUAUAAUUACAUUACUAGUGUUCUUUGGUGAGAACUUUGCGCUUAAAAAAAUUAGUGCAUGAAAAAUAGGCGGCGAAUGACACAAAUUUGGAACAUUCACUUAAAUAAGGGCACGUGUUUAAGUUUGAAUAUGGCUGCAUUCAAGCUUAAAUGCAAUUCAACGUAGAGUUUGGUCAUGAACAGGCCUGUUAGCUUGAAGCAUUUGUUCAUUAAGUUAAAGCAAAUAGUUUCGCUAAUUGCGACAUAAAAAUACUUGAAAGUUUAUAACUUAAGAUUAGUUGAAGUUGGCGUUUAGAAAGCGAAAAUUUGUUAUGCUUAGCAUAGCUCACUCAUAUCGCACGUUCUUCGCAUAUAAAUAUAU